AUGAAAAGUAACACUAUAUUUAAUAUUAUUAAAUUCCCAGGAUUCAGUAAUCAUGUAACUAAAAGUUAUUUGACAACAAAUAUAAAAAAUUCAAUGAUUUGCAAUAAAAAACAAAAAAUAAGCAUAUCUUGCUUUUCUAAAUUUUUUCUGUUUAUGCUCUUAAUUAUAAUAUUACAGGGUUUCAACAGUUAUAUAUAUAAGUUUGAGAAUUCUAAAAGAAAAUUUGUGGUACCAGCUCAUUUAAUAAACAUAAGAAUUUUGUCAGAAUCUAAUAAUGAAAAAUUAAAAACAGAACUAAAAUUAAAAUUAUUAGAUAGUGAUGAACAGAAAGGCAAAGAUAAAAAUCUUUUGAAAGAAAAUCUUAAUGAUAAUAAUUUAGAUUCAGGCACGAAUGUUUAUCCUGAAGGAAGUGAAGAUAUGCUAGAUAAUAAAAAUAAAAGUGAAAUUAAAAGAAAGAGUUUUAAUAAUGGAAAAAUUAAUAUGGCCCUUCGCAGUGUAUUGAUAGCUUCCCCUUUGCUGAUCUUAAUGGCAUUUUCUCCUUUCAAAAGUAGAACUUCAUUAUAUAUCAAGAAAAAUUUAUUUCUUGUAUAUUUAGCAUACACGGGAGGUAUAUUAUAUUCUAAUAUAAUUAGUUAUUUAAAAGAAGGAGAUAAAGAGACAAAUAAAAAAGAACAUAAAAAACCUAACUAA